AACCCAGAUGGGCGCGCGGGAGCCCACGUGAGGGAGAGCCCGGGUGAGGGGCCGGGGUGGCUUCUAGUGUCCGCGGUCCCAGCCCUGCCUUCCGGUGGGCGUGUGGCACUCCGGGCCGGGCCGUUCCCGGACAGCAGCUGGUGGGGAGCGUUCGAGCCCCGCAGCCCGGGGUCCUGCCUGCGCGGGUUGGGCGUGGGGGGCUCCUCACCGCGACGCUGACUUUGGAGUCCUUGAGCGGCGCGGAUGCCGGACGGAGGGAGGCGACAGGAGGAGGCAGAGGCGGCGCCGUCGCCCCGACCUCGUUCCCCGCAGACCGGCUAGAUUGAAGAUGGAUACGUGACAAUCCCAGGGACCGCUGCACUGACUUCAUUUCCUUAGACAAGACACAGUGUAGGGCCCGGCCCGUGUUGGCCCCGGGACUCCUUUGGAAUACAGCUGUGGACAAUGAAUCCUGCAAGCGAUGGGGGCACAUCAGAGAGCAUUUUUGACCUGGACUAUGCUUCCUGGGGGAUCCGCUCCACACUGAUGGUCGCUGGCUUUGUCUUCUACUUGGGCGUCUUUGUGGUCUGCCACCAGCUGUCUUCCUCCCUGAAUGCCACUUACCGUUCUUUGGUGGCCAGAGAGAAGGUCUUCUGGGACCUGGCUGCCACGCGUGCAGUCUUUGGUGUUCAGAGCACAGCCGCAGGCCUGUGGGCUCUGCUGGGGGACCCUGUGCUUCAUGCUGACAAGGCACGUGGCCAGCAGAACUGGUGCUGGUUUCACAUCACAACAGCAACGGGAUUCUUCUUCUUUGAAAAUGUUGCAGUCCACCUGUCCAACUUGGCCUUCCGGACAUUUGACUUUUUUCUGGUUAUCCACCAUCUCUUUGCCUUUCUUGGGUUUCUUGGCUGCAUGGUCAAUCUCCAAGCUGGCCACUAUCUAGCUAUGACCACAUUGCUCCUGGAGAUGAGCACGCCCUUUACCUGCGUUUCCUGGAUGCUCUUAAAGGCAGGCUGGUCCCAGUCUCUGUUUUGGAAGCUCAACCAGUGGCUGAUGAUUCACAUGUUUCACUGCCGCAUGGUCCUGACCUACCACAUGUGGUGGGUGUGUUUCUGGCACUGGGAUGGCCUGGUCAGCAGCCUGUAUCUGCCUCAUUUGGCACUCUUCCUUGUCGGACUGGCUCUGCUUACACUAAUCAUUAAUCCAUAUUGGACCCAUAAGAAGACUCAGCAGCUUCUCAAUCCGGUGGACUGGAACUUUGCACAGCCAGAAGCCAAGAGCAGGCCAGAAGGCAACGGGCAGCUGCUGCGGAAGAAGAGGCCAUAGCUGCUCCAGCCGGGGCUCCUGGGUAGCAGCGGAUCUGGCACACCGAUUCUGGGAAGCUCCGUGAAUAAUGGCUUUUGAAUUAAUGAGGCAGUGAAUGUUUUCUGUUUAGUUCUAAGGGAAAUACUAACUUUAUUUCUCAUUAGUAUUAAUUUUGAAGUAGCUACAAAGUAUUUUUAAGAAAUUAUAAUUUUGUGACUGUCCUGGCAGGUUCUGUCAGUUUAGCCGUGCCAGACCUUGUCAGGCAUCUAGGAGAGGAGUCCAUGGCGUCCAGGCAUCCGGGCAUCACACCUGUUGAGGAGUGGGGUGGCUUUGAAUGCUGGAAAUAGCUUCAUAGUGAAGUGCCUCCCACAGGGCGGGUUGGUCAGUGUUGAUUCUUUCCAGCAGCACACUGAUAUGCUGUGUGUCUUAUUCAGAAGUCACAUUCUUUUCAGUUGGAGAGAAUUGGGCUAAGAUAGAAAAUAACAUGAUUUGUUCCUUGUUAAAGUUUCCCAGCAUAUGAAAUUCUAAGCUGGGUGGGAUGGCUCACACCCAGCAUAAUCCCAGCACUUUGGGAGGCCGAGGCAGGUGGAUCACUUGAGGCCAGGAGUUCAAGACCACCCUGGUCAAGAUGCUGAAACCCCAUCUCUAGUAAAAUUACAAAAAUUAGCCGGGUGUCGUGGCACACACCUGUAAUCCCACCUACUUGGGAGGCUGAGGCACGAGAAUUGCCUGAACCCGGGAGGCGGAGGUUGCAGUGAGCUGAGAUCGCACCACUGCACUCCAGCCUGGGUGACAGCAAGACUCUGUCUCAAAAAAAAAAAAAAAAAAAAAAAUUCUAAACCCAAGUGUAUGGCAGUGCCAUCUGGUGGCAAAUGGUACAAAGACAACGCUGAGGGGUAGUGACUCCUGUAGCAGCAGGGACACCUUCGAGUUUAACCCCCACCAACCGGAGCGUGGGCUGGUCAAGAUGAAAUCUUGCAAUUUUUUUUUUUUUUUUUUUUUAAAUCAUGGUACCUGUUUUAAAAUGAGAAGUUAUUAUUCAUACUGUAUUGCUCAUUUGACAAAAUAAGGUAGGUAUUUCGUAAUCAGGUUGUCUGGGUUUUAGAGCUGUUUUUAAUUGACUGAGUUACCUACAGGCACCCAAUCUAGACCCUGAUUCCGUGGUUGGUGUUUCCCUGUAGAUUUCAAGACAAGUAGUGAUAUCAUUUUCCCCCUGAGCUGUAGGGUGGACCUGGACCCCUCAGAGAUGCUCAACUUCAGGGUCCUGGGGUCCCUAGAAUGGUCCUGCAGCAGUCCCUGGCAAUGAGCUGCCUGACGAUGAGUCCCAAGUUACCUUGUUCCUACUGUUUUAUACCCAGGUAGAAGUUAUACACCAAUUUAGCAAUUUUGUUAACAGACAUACAAAAUUGUGUGUGUGUGUGUGUGUGUGUUUUGACAUAAAUGUGCAAUUAAAAUUCAAAGUUUAUUUAUCACAAGCACCUUUGAAAUGAGUGUGGAAAACGUCAGCUGCUCAUGAGAAUCAUGUGUGACUUAUGUUCCUUAUGUUUUAUGAAACUCUCAGAACAGUGUUUUGUUUUUGUUUAGUUUUUGUUUUCGUUUUUUUGAGACGGAGCCUCGCUCUGGCCCCCAGGCUGGAGUCCAGUGGUGUGAUCUCGGCUCACUGCAAUCUCCACCUCCCAGGUUCCAGGGAUUCUCCUGCCUCACCCUCUCAAGUAGCUGGGAUUACAGGCACCUGCCACUAUGCCUGGCUAAUUUUUUGUAUUUUCAGUAGAGACAGGGUUUCACCAUGUUGGCCAGGCUGGUCUCCGACUCCUGACCUCAGGUAAUCUGCCCACCUCGGCCUCCCUAAGUUCUGGGAUUACAGGCAUCAGCUACUGCACCCGGUCCAGAGCAGUGUAUUUUGAUUGCUGGUGCUUUAACUUUAUUGACCAAGGUGUAUAGUAACCUAUUUAUCACAUUUUAUGAAGCAAUUUUAAUCUUAAACCCAUCCAGCAAAUGGUGUCCCUGCUGAAACUUUUAACUGGAAACCCCACACCCUGGCAGGCAGCACUCUCUGCAGCCGUGCCCUUGUGGAGUCAGCAGGAGCUGGUGUUUUUCAGCCAGACAGAGGCAUAAUAAAGUGACUGAUGUUUACAGAACCCAAAUGAUGUCUUCCUGUCUCUCAAAAUAAACUAACCUAUUCAUAUUGCUGUGAAUGUUUUAUCUUGGAUAUACAAAAUAUAAUGAUAAAUUCAUCAUGUGUUCGGAAUUCGAUUUGGAGUUGGAAGUGGAUAGCCUAAUUUUUAUCUCACCUCCACUAGGACUUUGACCUUCCCAGGGGUCCAUGCUUUACCUCCUGUAUCUUCAUGUGCGUGUUUGCAUGCAUAGAGAUGGAGGCGCCGUAGAGAAGCACAGGCUCACCCGCUCCGUCCAGUGUCACCCACACAUUGGUCCGGGGACCCCUCAGUGCAGAGCCUGAAGUUGGGGGUUUUGGGGUGGAAAAGGCUUCGUGAACUACUAUGAUCCAUACACCUUCCAGAUGGUACAGCACUUUCCCACGGUCCUCACUGGCCUCAGUCUCCCCGACCGGCAGUGUGAGGGGAUGUAUCUGUAGUGGAGCAUGGUGCAGGCGACAUUCAUGAGCUGUGACUUCUUGGUGCCAGAUGGGCGUGAGCCUAGGCCCGGCCCACUCAGCGGCCCACAUUGGCCAGCGUCCAUCUGCACGUGUGCGCUGUGUACUUCACAUCCUCUAUUGAGAGUUACAGCAAGUGUUAAACGAGGUGAGUUCACAUAACAGGAAUUCUGGAACUGCUUGAAAACUAGGAAGACUGGGCAAUAUCAGCCUUAACUCCACCUGAUGGCAGGUGACCCGGAUAGAAAAUGGCCCUGCCUUUAGCCAGGAUAUGACUGUCCAGUUUGGCCUCGGUGUUAUCACUUGUCACUGCGCUUUCUCUUUCAAUAGUGAAAUCCUUCUCCCUA